AAGAGAGACUUCAUUUCUUCCACCUUCCUUGGUUAGGGUUCCAAACCUUUUUCUAAUAAUAAGGUAAGCUUUCAAGCCGCCGGUGAUAUCUAUAAGAAGGAAUACUUGUCUCAAGGUAAACAGGAGUUCCCAUUUUUGGUAUUCCUUCUCGAGCUUCUAUUUCUUCCGUUAAAGGAGAUUCGAGAAAAGAUGGAAUAGGAAUACGUGUUUCCAGAACGAACAAGAUACGGGAGGAACGAAUUAGUCCGCGACCAGCAAGUUUUCCGAAAGCGAACUGAAUGGAAUUGUUACUUUCAAAAAAAUUUGCUUCAAAUCAAAGAAAGAAGGUCUAUUUUCCCACGUGAGUACACUGCUUUCACACUCGAACUCUCCUACUGUGUGCUAUAAUAGUUGUAGAAAGACCUCCCGUCCUGAGUUGGCUUAAGCCAUGCCUUUACUAAAGAUUAAUAGCUUUGCCUUUCCUCAUCCCAUUUUUUUCUCUUUGAUCCCACGCAUGGUUGAAUAAUGAGGCGAUCAAGAAAGUCCUCCCCUAGAAAAAUUAUUCGGAGAUCUUCUCUAGUGAUAGGAGACUAUCUAGCUUGAUUCGGAGAAUCGUAACACUCGUAAUGAUCGACUUUAUGAAGAGUCCAUUGGAUUCCGGAAGCUCGUAGCAUUGGUCCGGCAUAAUUCCCAAACUUAAGAAGCUGGGGGCGUGCCCGCCAUCCCCUCACCUGCCUCCGAUUAAUGAAAGUGAAUUCAUUUUCAAUUAUCCUAAGCUAUCGCCUCUGGUGUUAGAUCAGAAACGUGACCACAUCUAGUUCCCAGGUUGGCCUAACGUAAGUUGAUGACACGCUUAUAAAUUUAAUUAUUUUAUUUUAAUAAUCCAAUUUUGGGUUAAGCAUCCUCGUCUUUGAUCUCAUCACCUACUUCAACGGUUAUUUAUGAAAUUAAAACAUUAAAAUGGGGAAUGAGUGUCACGUUAUAACUCAGCGCUUCCUCCAACUUUAAAUGGGAUAGAGAAAGAGGGAGUAUUUCCCAAACAGUUUCAACCGACAUUUCAAUUGCCCAAAAUCGAAACAGUGAAGAGAACAGCCAGCAAUGGCGGCAACAACUGACGAAGCUAUGGAGUCAUUGCUUUCGAGCUUCGACCAAAUAUAUGACGAAUUUAAGAACGGCGCUGUGGAGAUUCAAACCUUGCAAGCGGACUACAUCACGGGAAGCACGAAACGAGAAGCUCUUGAAUUCACCGUACAACGCCUUCAAUCUGAAAAUGAUCGGUUGAGAAAGCUUUACGCUGAAUCACUCAACACAUUGGCUUAUAAGAUUGAAAGCCAUUCAAGUUGCCAGAGCUUGAAGGAGGAUCUAAAGGGUGUACAUCAUGAGUUUUUACAGAAAGAAAAUGAGUACAUAAGAACUAUUGAAUCACUUAAAGGGGAUCAUGCAGAGAGAAUUCAAGAGUUGGAAUCUCAAAUCAGACGAUACCAAACUGAGGAUGCUGUUAACAAAGCGACCAUAAACCAGCUUCGACAUGAUUUAGUUGUGCAUAGGAGCCAAAUAGAAGCUCUUAAAAGAAACUUGGAUCAAGUGUCUGCUGAAGUAGACUCCAGAUAUCAUUAUGAGAUUCAAGGUUUGAAGGACUCUCUCCUGGUUGAGCAAGAAGAGAAAAAUGAGUUGAACAAGAGGCUCCGAGAUAUGGAAAAAGAAUUGUUUAUCAGCAGAACAAAACUGGUAGAGUACCAACAAGAUUCGACUUCAAGUCAACAUAUGCAUACACUAAAGCAAAAGAUAAUGAAAUUGAGGAAGGAGAAUGAGGUUCUCAAAAGGCAGAUACAUGAAAGAAAGGAGUUCUAGUUGAAGUAUUCCCAUUUGUGAGUUUUUGUUUUUGGUUUGAUAGCAAGUCUCAUAUAUCAUGCAUAUUGACUGAACUGAGAACAUUGCGUCACCAAGCUUAUAUCUGGUAAAUCCUUGUAAUUCCAAAAGUCUUGAACAUUGUACGUCAAUCCUGUUAGAUAUUAAAGUUCGUUUAAUUUUAAGAAAGAAAAGAUGCUAUAGAUGUCAUGUUAGUCACUACUAAAUGCUUAAUUGUAGUGAGACUCGUGAAAUGACUUACCACAAAAUCUUACAGUAUGUUACUAAUGCUUUUUUGGAGAACAAAGAAGGAUUUUCCCCAAUAAAAGGCCAGCGAACAUUUGUGGUCUUUUCCUCUGGAACAUACAGUUGCUUUGCUGUUUCAUUUCCACAUUUCAAGCAUUGUUUCCCAUAACAGGUUAUUUUUCAUUGUACUGUUGAAAAUUCGAAUUUUAUUUGAAUGCUUAAUGUGAGGCCCCGUAAAUAUUUUACCUAUAACCCGGGAUUUUGUGGUGCCAAAGUAGAUUUUUUGGGUUGGACAUUGCGUUGGGGAGUAAAGGAAAAUUUUUGGCAGAAAAAGACAUUUCUGCGGCCCACUAUGCGGGCCGCAGAAUGAAGCAAAAAACUGGGUAAAGUUUGGAUGAUAUUGUGCGGUCACUAUGCGAUCGCAAAACCAUUUCGCGGGCCGCACAUCGACCGCGGAACCAACAUGAAAAUUUUUCGGAGGGAGGUUCUGCGGCGCAUUAUGCGAC